AUGCGUAUUUGUCGAUUGGCUUCUUGUACCCCAAUAAAUGAAUAUCCAACUGUUUCUUCUGACACGAUUGGUGAAAAUUCCUUCCCUCUGAAGUGGUCUGAACCUGCAUGUGGUGUCUGUGAAGCUCAAGGACAGAGAUGCAAAUUAUCAAGAGCAUCAUAUGGCCCACUGCUUGGAGGUGCUUUAGGAGGUACUUUCCUUGUUGUGACAAUACUCGCAGUUCUUAUCCUUCUUUACAUCUCAGUUGCAUCAGAAAGAGAGAACCACAUGAGGAUCGAGAAGUUUCUAGAAGAUUACCGAGCCCUCAAACCCACCAGAUUCUCCUACUCCGACAUCACAAGAAUCACUCGCAAAUUCAGCGAGAAACUUGGCGAAGGAGGCUACGGAACCGUUUACAAGGCCAAAAUCUCCGACCAAAUACACGCGGCCGUCAAACUUCUCCACAACUCAAAGGGCAACGGCGAAGAGUUUGUGAACGAGGUCAGCACCAUUGGCAGAAUCCAUCAUGUCAACAUCGUCCGUCUAAUCGGUUUUUGUGCCGAGGGCUCCAAACGGGCCCUCGUCUACGAAUUCCUCCCAAACGACUCCCUCGAGAAGUUCAUCUUCCGCUCCUCUUCGAGACCAUCCCUCGGCUGGCCUAAGCUACGGGACAUUGCCCUCGGCAUAGCCAGGGGCAUCGAGUACCUGCAUUUUGGCUGCGACCACCAAAUCUUGCAUUUCGACAUAAAGCCGCACAACAUAUUGCUGGACCGGAACUUCGGGCCCAAGAUAUGCGAUUUCGGGCUUGCGAAGCUCUGCUCCAAGGAACAGAGUGGAGUGACGAUGACGGUUGCUCGGGGGACUAUGGGCUACAUUGCUCCCGAGGUGCUGUCGAGGACUUUCGGAAGGGCUUCGUAUAAGUCGGACGUGUACAGCUUCGGGAUGAUGGUGUUGGAGAUGGUCGGGGGAAGGAAGAAUAUGGACCCGAAAUUGGACACGAGCCAAGUGUAUUUUCCUCAAUGGGUUUACAAUCGCUUGGAUUCGGAUUUUGGGGAGGAUUUCUGGGGUCGGGUGGAGGAAGGGGAGGAUGGGAAUGUAGCGAGGAGACUGACUAUCGUGGGGCUGUGGUGUGUACAGUGGAGUCCGAAUGACCGUCCGUCGAUGAAAGAGGUUGUUGGGAUGUUGGAAGGAAGUGAAGAGAGUCUCGUGAUUCCUCCGAACCCAUUUGUUGGUAACGAUGCGCGCAGGAUUCCAGGAAGGCAGCAGCAGCAUCAUCGGAUAGAGUUGGGCGCAGUGCAAGAAACAGAGUAUUUCAGUGCCUAA